UCCUAUGACGUCAGAGUCACGUGCUGAAUCAUUCGUAGCAAUUGAGACACGCUGUCAAGCGGUUCAUCCUCGGAAGACAACCAAACAGGCAAAAAAGCGAGAUCAAUGGCGUCUAGGAAGAAGGUACUACUGAAAGUCAUCAUUCUCGGCGAUAGCGGUGUCGGAAAGACGUCACUUAUGAAUCAGUACGUCAACAAGAAGUUUAGUAAUCAGUACAAGGCUACGAUUGGAGCCGAUUUUUUGACGAAGGAGGUGAUGGUUGAUGACAGAUUGGUGACUAUGCAGAUAUGGGAUACAGCUGGUCAGGAACGUUUCCAGAGUUUGGGUGUGGCAUUCUAUCGCGGUGCCGAUUGCUGUGUCCUCGUUUUUGAUGUCACCAACCCAAAUUCAUUCAAGAACCUGGACAGCUGGAGAGACGAGUUUCUCAUUCAAGCGAGUCCACGAGAUCCAGAGAACUUCCCAUUUGUCACACUCGGCAAUAAAGUUGACUUAGAAAACAGAUCAGUGUCUGCAAGGCGAGCCGAGCAAUGGUGCCACAGUAAGAACGACAUCCCAUACUUCGAAACGAGUGCCAAAGAGGCCAUCAACGUCGAGCAAGCAUUCCAAACCAUUGCCAAGAACGCGCUCAUGCAAGAGACCGAAGUCGAGCUAUAUAACGAGUUUCCAGAUCAAAUCCAGCUGAACGAUCAGGGUAAGCAGCAGUCGGGCGGCUGUGCAUGCUGAACGAUGGAAACGGGGAAAAUGGACGAAGCAGACUGAUGUGGGGACACCCAAUCGUUCUAUCGUUCUGUUUCGGCAUAAAUUAAUUUAUCCCCACGUGUUACAUUAGUAGGGACUUAUGUGUUGUUGCUAUGAGUGACUGGUGUGGUUAGCUACUGUAGGUCAUCUUGUUUGUUGUAAUUCACUCUCUUGAUUCGUACGUUUGGGUAGAAAGUUGUAUGCGUGUUCAAUAUGUGUGUAUACAGAGUAGGAAUGAAUGUCGUUUGCAAACAGCGA